AUGUCUGAGGAUUUAUACAGUUCUAGUCCUCUAUCAGAAGAUGGUUUUAAUAUCGGUGGUAGGUCAACUACACCGGAACAUACGAGUUUGAACAAGAUGACGUCGCCUUACUAUUCAUAUCAUGUUGAUAAGACAAUACAGAAGCACGAUUCCCAUUAUUGGGCCAGACAAUUUUCAAUCCCGUCUCCUCGAACGGAGUUACCUGCCAAUACCUCUUUUGAAACCCCCACCACACCGCAAUCUGCCAAAGUGCCAUCCCGCGCCACUACUCCCAUCGUUGAGGUUGAGAACGAAAGUCUCCGUGAGCUUCGUACCAUCUACACGAAUUUCCAGAAAUGUCUGGAUUUGCGUGACAAGUAUAUGAUGUUGUCGUUGCAGAGAUUGGGCGAUAAUCCAAAGGAUGCGGACGGUUGGAAGAUUUAUCCACCUCCGCCCCAGCCGACUUGGCCGCAUCAUGGAUCGAUCGAUGUUGGAAAUGACGAUAACGACAACAGCUUGGAGGAGGAAAAGAAGGAAAAGAAGCAAGUUGGAGAGGAUUUUAACUUUGAGAAUUGCGAGAUUCCUGGUGCCGAUAAGCGCUUAUUUGAACUUGACGCGACCGGUGUUUACAGAGUUUACGAAAACGAAGAUGAUAUACACAAUAACAAACCGGCAUACAGCGUUCCAAGUAUCAAGGAAUACUUUGUGGACUUGGACUACAUUCUUGAUGUGAUAUCUGAUGGACCAGCGAAGAGUUUUGCAUACAGAAGGUUGCAGAUUUUGGAGAGUAAAUGGAAUAUGCAUGUCUUACUGCACGAAUAUGAGGAAAUCGCUGAGACAAAGGAUAAAGUCAUUGUUAGGGAUGACAAGCUGCUUACGUUGACAGAAGUGUUUGAUAGUUUACAUCUGCGCGCUUAUGAUUUGAGUAUUGAUACAUUGGACGUGCACGCACACACCGACUCUUUUCAUAGAUUUGACAAAUUCAAUCUCAAGUAUAAUCCAAUUGGGGAAUCUCGCUUGAGAGAGAUUUUCCUGAAGACUGAUAAUUAUAUCGAAGGCCGAUACUUUGCGGAAUUGACCAAAGAGGUCAUUUCCGACUUGGAAUCGAGCAAGUAUCAAAUGGCAGAAUAUCGAGCAUCGAUAUACGGACGGAAAAAGUCAGAAUGGGAUAAGCUUGCCAAAUGGGUUGUAAAUAACAAAGUAUUAUCGCAUAAUGUUCGCUGGUUAAUUCAGACGCCUCGUUUGUAUAACAUCUACAAGAACGGCAAGACAGUCGAGAACUUCGAAGAUGUCAUUAAGAACAUCUAUGAACCACUAUAUGAGGUGACGAAAGAUCCAAGCACGCAUCCUGAGCUCCACGUGUUUCUACAACGAGUUGUCGGUUUUGACAGCGUUGACGAUGAGUCUAAAGCCGAGCGGCGCAUUUAUAAGAAAUACCCAUACCCUAAAGAUUGGAAUACAAAUUUGAAUCCUCCCUAUUCGUAUUAUCUGUACUAUAUGUAUGCAAACAUGGUUAGUCUCAAUAAUUGGCGAAAGAAGAGAGGAUUCAAUACAUUUGUCCUUCGUCCUCAUGCGGGAGAAGCGGGCGAUACUGAUCAUUUGACAUCCGCUUUCCUUACUUCUCAAUCCAUCUCUCAUGGCAUUCUCCUUCGUAAAGUACCUGGUUUGCAAUAUCUUUACUACAUCAAGCAGAUCGGCAUUGCAAUGUCUCCUUUAUCCAACAAUGCUUUAUUCUUGAACUAUGAGCGGAAUCCAUUCUUGAACUUCUUCCAGAAAGGCUUAAAUAUCAGUCUGAGUACCGACGAUCCAUUGCAGUUUCAUUACACUAAAGAGCCACUGAUUGAAGAAUAUAGUGUCGCUGCACAGAUAUGGAAAUUGUCCGCUGUCGAUAUGUGUGAGCUUGCGCGCAAUUCGGUGAUUCAAAGUGGAUGGGAAAUGUCUAUUAAGAAGCACUGGCUAGGUGCAAACUGGUUUUUGCCUACACCCAUGGGAAAUGACGUGAGCAAGACCAACGUUCCUAAUAGUCGUAUCAGCUAUCGCUUCAAUACGCUGCUCGAAGAAAUAGACAUGAUCAAGAAAUACUCUAGUCUUAAUAAAGACACCUCGUUUGAACGAAACACCAUAACCAAACCAUUCCAAUCCGCGUCGGCUGCUCGUGAGGAUCGUGUGCACGCAAGACCAACAAACGGUUGGACUACAGAGUUGAAGAUUAUUCCCGGUAUCGGAAUGUUUAGUGAAUCGCAGGAAUCUAAGAGGAGAGAGAGUAAGAAAAUUUUAUAA